AUGGGAAACUGCAUUUUUAAACAGAAUGUAAAAGCUGUUGUGAUCUCAAAUGCUGACGAUUCAUCAUCCACUACCAAUUUUUUGAAUCAAUUUUCAUCGAAAAACAACUGUAAUAUUUCUCAUGAGAUAAACAUGCUGACUAAUCAUCACUAUGUUUUAAAAGAAACAUGGGAUAAUACAAAUUAUUCAGCGCCAGUAACUGAAAUUUUGAGAAAUAAUGCUUUGGUUUUGGAUAUUGGAUGCGGAUCUGGCACCUGGGUUCUUGACAUGGCUACUGAAUAUAGCACAUCUACCUUUAUCGGAAUUGAUAGUACAUCAUUUUUCCCAAAACAAAUAAGACCAGUAAACACCAAUUUUCACCAAUUGAAUGUGUUAGACGGUCUACCUUGGAACAAGAAUCAUUUUGAUUUUGUUUAUCAGAGAAUGAUGUUAACUUCGCUUACGGAAGAAGACUAUCAAAAUCAAAUUCGUGAAAUUGUCCGAAUAACAAAACCUGGUGGAUGGAUCGAGAUCAUGGAAAAGAAUGUCGAAUUGAAUAAUUCGGGGCCAACAACAACAAUGAUACUGAAAGGUGCAUGUAAAGUUCUAGAGUCGGCAUCAUUCAACACAAAAAUUGGCGCGCAAAUUAAAAGAUGGCUUCAAGAAUGUGGACUAGUCAAUUUGAGAUUCCAAGAAAAAACAACUCCAUUGGGAGCAUGGGGAAAUCAUAUUGGUGUGGCUGCGUUUGAUGAUAUGUUGAUAUCCUUGAAAAAAUUACAAAACUGCUUGUUACAAAAUUUGAAAAUUACCGAGAAAGAAUUUGACGGGAUAGUCGACACUAUAAAAUCUGAGGUAGAAGAAAAUCGAACUUCAAUUACUACAUUUAGAUGCUUUGCACAAAAACCAAUACAAUAA